AUGGCGGUACUCGAAGCUGCUCUCUCCAUCCUCUCCUUCUCUUCUUCUUCCUCCUCAAAACCUUAUCUCUUUUCUACAAGGUCUAAAUCUACCGCAUUAACUCUUCGAAUUCCCACUAAUCUCGCUCUCAAUUUCCCUCUAAGUGCCGGCGGCGAUACCUCUCGGCGUCUCGUCUCCGUACUCUGUUCCGUAGCAGAGGAAGCGACGUCGCCGCCGGAGGAGAAGACUGAAGAAACCCAGAAGUUGAAUUUUAGAAAGAAACUCUUCGUAUUCAAUCUCCCUUGGUCUAUGAGUGUAAAUGACAUCUCCGAGCUCUUCCAACAAUGCGGGACUGUCUCCAACGUCGAGAUCAUAAAGCAAAAAGAUGGGAAGAAUCGUGGGUUUGCUUUCGUAACAAUGGCUUCUGGAAAAGAAGCUCAAGCUGCUGUUGAUAAGCUCGAAUCUCUUAAAGUAUCAGGGAGGAUCAUAAGGGUAACCUUUGCGAAAAGAUUCAAAAAACCUACCCCGAUACUACCUAACGGUCUUCCUUCUGCUUCCACCGGAGAGACACGUCACAAACUCUACGUGUCUAACCUCGCUUGGAAAGCGAGAUCAACACAUCUCCGUGAGUUUUUCACCGCCGCAGAUUUCAACCUUGUUUCUGCUCGGGUCGUUUUCGCUGACCCUGAAGGAAGAGCUUCCGGCUAUGGCUUUGUCUCUUUUCCUACUAGACAAGAAGCCGAGGAUGCAAUCUCUAAACUCAACGGCAAGGAGCUAAUGGGCAGACCUAUCGGUCUAAAGUUUAGCUUGAAAACCGCCGGUGAAUAUGAAGCUGGUGACACAAUACAAGAAGACAACAUUACUUCUGAUGAAAAAGACGACAUUACUUCAGAAGAAAAACCAGCGGAAUGA